AAGUCAGCCAUGGCGUGUUUGCUAGCUAGCAGCUCCAGCAGCAGAGGCUCAAAAAUGUUUUCUUUAUUUCUGCAAACAAAGCAGCGGUCAUGGAUUUGCCUUUUACUGCUGGGAAUGUGUUUACUGUCGUCUUCAGUUUCGACCAAGCCGGACAGUCUCAAAGACGUGACCGAUGCGAACUGGGAGGAGAUCCUGACUGGAGAAUGGAUGAUUGAAUUCUACGCACCCUGGUGUCCAGCAUGCCAGCAGCUCCAACCAGUGUGGAAGGACUUUGCGGACUGGGGAGAGGACAUGGGGAUCAACAUAGCAAAGGUGGAUGUGACAGAGCAACCAGGUCUGAGUGGGCGAUUCAUCAUCACCUCACUUCCUACUAUUUAUCACUCUAAAGACGGAGUUUUCCGGAAGUACCAGGGAGCUCGCACUAAAGACGACUUCCUCAACUUCAUUCAUGAGCAGAAAUGGAAGGCAGUCGAGCCGGUUUCCUCUUGGUUUGGACCAUCCUCGUUUUUAAUGAAUUCAAUGUCUGCUUUGUUCAAGCUCUCCAUGUUUAUCCGGCGUUGUCAUAACUACAUGACGGAGAAGCUGGGGAUUCCCGUGUGGGGUUCGUAUGUUAUCUUUGGCUUGGCCACUCUGUUCUCUGGCCUCGUGUUGGGUCUGUUACUGGUGUUCAUUGCAGAUUAUGUCUUCCCCUCACGAAGAUUUUCCUCCCCUGAUUACUACCAGAAGAAACAGACUAUGGAGCAGGCGAGGUUCAUCAAGCAACAAGAGGACGCCCAUGAGGCCGAUGGCGAGGAAGAUGACGAAGAGGAGGAAGAAGAGGAUGGCGACCAGGAUGAGGUCUGGAGAAAGCGGAGAGGGUCUCCUGAGGGCCGCCCUGAACCUAAGGGGCAGGGUUUCCCUGACGAUGCCCUGAGGAAGCGGGCGGUGGGUAACAGGAGGGAGGAAGAGGAGGAGGACACCUAGAGAGGGCCUCCUUUUGACGCGAGUACUGUGGAGUCAGCAGAGUUGAAGGAGCCGUGGUCCUGAGCAGCAGUGUUUAGAGCCGAGAGUCCAAAAUCUUCCUGCUCACCCUCCUCACCUAACUCCUUGAUCCUCAACCUGUAGACCCUAGAAACACCUCACGUCUUUUCUUCUUCCUCCACCACGUUUUAUUAACAAAAACAAACAAAAAAAAAAAAACAGGAGCGCUUCAGACUCUCGCUACUGCUCUUUCUCUCUCUCUGCCUGAGCAGCAGGCUCUACCUGGAAAAACAAAAGCACUCCAGACACCUAUUUUUACUUGUGGAAACAAAUGGUCUGGCUGAGGUUUAGGUAUGAAGUGCAGUGCGACUGGAUUUUUGCAAUGAUGUUUAUGCUAUGCAUCGUUUUUUUUUUUUUUUUUUUAAAAACAAAUGUGUGUUAUAUUUUUAUCUUUGAAUUAUUAUACCAGGGUUGUGGUUUAUGAACACACAGACAGGUAACGUCAUUUAAUUUGCAUUUAAACCCAGACACUUUAACUCAGCCCAACCUUAUGUUCACACACCAUUCCAUUUUCAGUUUAUAAUAAAAGAGAGCAGGACAAAACAAGAUGCCCCAAAAUGUUAGAUUUUUGUCCUUAACAUUUCAGAAUGUUGCAGAAUUAAAAAUAAAAUUAUCCAGUGAGCGCAUAGUUUUUUCCACAUUGAAUUUUCUGGGCCUGCUUCACUAUAAAAACCUCCUUACCAAAUAAAUGCUCCUAAAUUGAAGCAGCUGUAGGGCCCUUUGUCUGUAUUAGCAGUAAUGUUACAGCUUUGAUUUAGACUUGGUGUGUGUGUGUGUGUGUGUGUGUGUGUGUGUGGUUGUGGGUGGUGGGGUGGGGGGCAGCGAUGCUCGUUUUUUGUUGUGCAUGUAAAGUUAAUUUAAGCUCAACCACAACCUUUAUGGUAAAUAUUUUAAAUAUACCAAAUGCAAAAUGUAAAUGCAUUUGUGUUUGUGACCCUCUAUAGAAUAUUAAUUGAAUUUAUUUUGAUGAAACAUUUAACACAGCCCGCUCUGUAUUACAGACGUCCUCCUGACACAGGUACGUUCAUGGCAGGAACCCUUCAGAUAGCAUCUAUGCCACGCUUUCACUUUGACUUGAUUUCUGUUAGUUAGCAAAGAACUAGGCCAUCCUACAUAGAUGCUGUAAUGAGUUUCAAUUAAAGACGUGGAGAAUGUUUUUCAGUAGAUUCUAUAGUUUCAUAUAAGUUAUCCUCAAUCUAUUAAUGUUAUGCUUGAUUUAUUGUCUGUUUCUAAUGUUUUUACUUGUGUUUCUCGUUAAAAAGAUAUUCACUUACAUUUAAGAAAAAACAGACCUUUGUGCUGUCAGGUCUGUAGUCGAGUAUGGGCUUAAUGCAGUUAACAAGAGGAACAAUGUGAAGACUGAAUUGUUGUAUCCGGAGAGACGUGUGGUAUAUCUGUACUAAUGCUGAUCUGCUUUGUGGAGCAGUAAUAAGACGGUUGUCUCUUUUCCCCACCACUUGUAAAAAUGUCAAACAGCUGAGCUUCUUUUAUAUGCAUGAGUGACACUUUUUGUACACUGAUACCACAUUAAAAUGUAUGAACAGUGGCACUUAAGGAACAUUAACUCCUUUUUACAUUUCCUCCUUUAAACUCGACAACCAACCCAACGUAUGACAAAUGUUUUGUUACACGUUUCUGUUUUGAAGGGGCUUAUAAUGACUUGCAUUUAUUCUGAUUUCUUUCUAUGCUGCUUUUUAUUACUAAAAAGCUAAUUAACCAUUUAGGUGAUGGAUGAAACUGGUUGUCUAUUUGACUUGUAGCAUUCUCACUUUACUGUGAGUCACCUGUGAUCCUGAUUGUUUCUUUGA